AAAUAGGACAGUCGCUGGGAGAUCUGGGCGCUGUCUAACGCUGGAAGGUGCUGAAAUAUCUCCCUCUCUCUCUCUUCCUCUGCUUUGAUUGGCAAAGGCUGACACUGAUUGACAAGUAUCCAUGGCAACCCAGCAGCCAAUCUGCCAAGUCCAAUAGGAAAUCGCUGGCUGGUUUAGGGCAGAUCUUCCUUUUUAACAGCGCAAUCAGCGGCGAUACCUUUGCUUGGCUCUUGGAGUUGCAGCGAGUGCAGCCAGAGAUCAUCUUCAAGUACAUCGCGCUCACACAGCGUUUUGUGCAUCUUUUUUUUUCAUAUAUGCGGAGUCGACGUUCAAAAAGCUGAUUUGGCAACAAAACCAGAGCCAAUGUUUCAGCUGCCUAUUCUGAACUUCAGCCCCCAGCAGGUAGCUGGGGUGUGUGAGACCCUAGAAGAGAGUGGGGACAUUGAGCGCCUUGGUCGCUUCUUGUGGUCAUUGCCAGUAGCUCCUGCCGCCUGCGAGGCGCUUAAUAAAAAUGAGUCUGUCCUCAGAGCCAGGGCUAUUGUGGCCUUUCAUACGGGCAAUUUCAGGGAACUCUACCACAUUCUGGAAAAUCACAAAUUUACCAAGGACUCGCACACUAAGCUGCAAGCUCUGUGGUUGGAGGCGCAUUACCAAGAAGCAGAGAAGCUGAGGGGGAGACCUUUGGGGCCAGUAGACAAGUAUAGAGUGAGGAAGAAGUUCCCUCUCCCCAGAACUAUUUGGGACGGGGAACAGAAGACGCACUGCUUUAAAGAACGAACAAGGCAUUUGCUUAGGGAAUGGUACCUACAAGAUCCCUAUCCAAAUCCCAGCAAAAAAAGGGAGCUCGCCCAAGCGACUGGACUUACCCCAACACAAGUAGGGAACUGGUUCAAAAACCGGAGACAGAGAGACAGAGCAGCGGCGGCAAAGAACAGGCUACAGCAGCAGGUCUUGUCCCAGGGAAGUGGCCAUUCAUUGGGUCCGGAUGAGAGAGGAGAAGCGCUGGGCUCAGCCUCCAGUCCUGCAGCAAGUCUGUCCAGCAAAGCGGCCACCUCUGCCAUCUCCAUCACAUCCAGCGACAGUGAAUGUGACAUCUGACCCAUGGGCAUUUAGCGCAGCACAAACUCACAACUCAGUGUCUAUUGCGUUACAGACUGGCCCACAGGGGCCACAAACCGGCCUCAGUCACAGUACCAGGGAGCGCUCAUCACACUGGCAUUUCUGACUACUGAUCUGCCUACAAUUCACAAUAGAAGACUGUAAAAAAAAAAAAAAAAGGUUUGUGUCACAUUUAAUCUGGGGAUUUUCUAAUCCGAUGCCUCAAUUGCCUACUCGCCCAAGCGUUUGAGCGCAUGCCCUUUUCAUUCUAUGGCUAUUUCAUGGUUACAAAAAAAAAAGAAAAAAAAAAAGGACUUUUUUUUACUUUAACGUUUGUUUUUAUAUAUUAUAUAAUGACUUAUUUAAGGGUUUGCAGCUGUAGACUUCUUUUGCUUGUCUGUAUGUGCGCAGGUGACUUUGUAGACGCAUGUGCGCCAAAUCUAUGGAUCUAACCGAGAAGUUAAAUAAAGUAUGUAAUGAUCAGA